AUGACAACCAAAACCACUGGUCAAAGAUCGCGCUCUGGUUGUAAUAACUGCAAGAGCGCAAGAAUUAAAUGUGACGAAACUAAGCCCAAAUGUCGGAACUGCGUGAGGAGAAAUGAAGCAAAAUGUGAUUUUUCAAUGCUGCUAAAAUGGGGCGGCCAGUUCAGUAGAGGUGCGAAGAAAGUAUCAAAAGAUCUGCCCGAUGCUGCAUUUUGCAGUGGCGUGCUUGUUAUGGACAAGAAGAAAGGGAGAAAGCGAAGUAGUUCACAGCGUGCUGCGUCGUUCCAUGAUCUCCAAAACAAUAUAGGUGAUAAGCCUUUCCACUUAACUGAGACACCACAACAAACCAUCCAAGUUUUCGAGCCAGUUGCAUUCCUUUCCCAAGAGACUAGCGUGUUCGAAAAUGAGGCUCCAGACAAUGAAUCAAUUAUCACUCUUCUCGAAAACGAUUUGCAAUUAGAAACCAACCAUCAGAUCCCAUGGGGCGAAAAACUUGUAGGAAACAGAGAGAUGGUGGUUCAAGAAAGAUGUGGUCUUGAUCUUCGAUCUUUAGCGCAUCCGGCUCCAGAUAUCCUUUUCAACUCCGCGCAUCACGCUGAGCUUUUCAACUUUUAUCUCAGUGAGACCUCUCACUUAUUAGUUCCAACGCCGUACUAUGCGUACCGUGCUAACCCUUUCAACACAAUUCUCCCCCAAUUGGCCAUGCAAAGUCCAACUUUACUCAAGCUAAUGUUGGCCUUUGCAGCUAACCACAGGAAAGAGAUUGCAAAUUACCGACAAGAUACUCUGGCCCUACCUUGGGUUGAUAGUGGUGCUACAACCAGAAGAGAUGAUGAAUUAGCCGACCAUUUAUUGAGUGAGACAUUCACGCAAUUGCUGUCUCAAUUUACGGACAAAAAGCAGAGACACAACAACAGCACUUUGGCCACUAUUCUGAUGCUUGCUGGGUUCGACAUCUUUUUCUGCGGCACAAGGAAUAAGUGGAGAGCGCAUAUAAAUGGAGCGAGAGGGCUACUGCUCGAUAAACUGGGCGUUACUGGACAGAACGCAGUACGGAUAGUAGCUAAAAGCAGAGUGCUUGAUGCCGACUCGUUUCUCCUUCAUUGGUUUUCGUAUUUAAACAUUAUUGGGUCACUUUCGUCCGUUAAAAGAGUUUCUGACACUGGUACUCCUGGUCCCCUUGACUACGAUUUUGACUAUGAGGAUGAAAUUAAGGCCGUCUAUCUGCUAAGAACGCAACUCAAGGAUAUUGACUAUUUUACGGGACUGGAAACGAAAUUAUUGUCAAUGCUAGCUCGGGUUGCCAAAUUGAUAGAGCAGAAGGAAGCUUACACGAAUGAACACGAACUAGACUUACUGCUACCGGAAGCUGCUGACUUGGCUCAUAACAUAGAAAGCUAUUUGGACGCGUCAGAAAACGAGAGGGACCAGAUUUACCAUGAAUUUCAAUUCGAAGGUUCCCAACCUUUCAAUACCGCGAGCUACAGAACUUACAAGACGCUGAGAGCUACGAACGCUAUUUUCGCGCUGACCGGAGUUCUUCAGAUCAAACGAAGAAUCUUGAACCUUCCGCGAAAUACGCCUACGGUAAUAAAGUUACUGGUGCGGAUCACUAAUUUGAUACGCGAAGAAAUACCACUCGAUUCUUCGGCAGAAUCCUGUAUCACAUUCUGUCUCUUUUGCUGUGGUUGUGAGCUAAUAGGGUGUGAAUUGGAUUUGCAUCGUGCUGUUUAUAUCGAUCACAUUGAAACCCUCCUACGUAACGGUAUGACGAGUGCACGUCAAGCUAAAGUAGUUAUGGAGCACUGUUGGAAAGACAAAAAGAGCUGGUGGGAGAUCUUAGAAGAGCGGAAUCUAGAUUUGUCAUUUGCUAUCUAG